GUUGUCUCAAGCACGUAAUUCACAGAACAAAAUCGUACUUUUCACGAACAGGUGCAAGAAUUGAGGUUGCCACACUGUGACUUACAAGUCUCUAAAUAGGGGAAGCUUCGUGUAACGCAGUCAGUAACUGACGAGGAUAUUGUGUUAGGCAAUCUCAUCCUGCUUCCAACACAAUGAGAUUUGGAAAAAACCCAAUCACUGACAUAAAUAACAAGUGUUCUAACGAAGGUGUGACGCAGUGUGAAGGUUGCUGUUGCAGUGCGUGUUUACCUGGUAUCUAUUUUUUUUACGAGUGUGUGACGUUAGUGUAACUAGGGAGACACGAUUUAGCAUUUCAGUUGGUUACAAAGAGAUUUUGUAUCCACAUCAGAGUGGGAGAUGUAUUUCCUUCAGGUGGUUCAUUAAGCUCUUUCAGCCAUGUUGAUCAAUCUAUCUUGCUUUUACAUAAUAUCUGAUAUAAUUCCAUCGAGGAUUAAUGUUUAGGCUAUUCUUGCAGCACUGUAAUGCUUCCCUAACACCGUCACCAUCACCAGGCUGUGCUGCGAGAACUGUCCAGGCAAAUGUGGACAGCGACGGAGGGGCGGGCGUCGCUACGGGAGGUUACUGUUGCUUUGCCCCGCGCGUGGAGGACCGAUGCCCUCACCUGCUCUCUGCCAAAGUCCCUGCCAGUCUCCACGGCGCCCGCUGAGGGCCACAUUCGCGUGACUACCCCCCAUCCGGUAUUCGGCUCACGGCCGUGGACGCAGCAGAGCCAGGGGUGUGGCCUGCCCGGGGACUUCAUCCACGUGGGUGAGGACAUGCUGAAGGCGGACAGCGCAGAGUCUCAUACCCUCACCUCUCGUCUCCUGCUGGCGGAAUGGGCCAAGUUUCGAUGGGGAGUGUUCGACGAGCGCGGCCAUACCAACGACCCGCUGUACCCGUCCACCUUCAGGGACCCGGACACCAACCAGUGGGUGGCGACCGGCUGUGCUGACGGAUCCGUGAAGGGCACUACCUGUGACUCGUCCCAGUCAGGUUGCUCCUUCCUCCCAGAGCCUCACGCCAAUAACCACCUUGCCUCCUCCCUCCUAGCCUUCCCAGACUUUCCCAGCGUGCGGCGUUUCUGCAAAGAGAAGAACCACAACAAGGAAGCGCCAACCAAACACAACUCUCUGUGUGGCAGUCGAUCGGCCUGGGAGGUUAUUGAGCAGACCCCAGACUUCGCCGGGGGACGAAACACAGCUGCUAAUACCAGUGGCCAAGUUCUGGAGCCGCUGCUCAAGUUAGUACAAGCAGCGGGUCCCACUUAUGUCUUUGCUAUCGAGGAUACGGCAGCCAUGAAUCUUCAGCGUCGCUGGGAGUUCCUGAGAAAGGCAAUGAGGCGCGUGGUGGUGUACGACGUUCCUAACGGGGCUCACGUCGGUGCCAUUACCUUCAAUUCAGCUGGUCGCACUGUCGCGCCACUCACCUUCAUCGACAGCGAAGACUCAGACAUGAGGCAGCGUGUCGGCUCCUCGCUGCCACGGAAUCCAUCAGCUGUACGAGAAAGCCAGAAGUGUAUCCUGUGCGGUCUGCAGCAGGUCCUCAAGGUGCUCGGGAACGACAAAAAAUUUGGUAAAGAUGCCGUAGUGAUACUGAUCACUACAGGCUCCAGUCCCACUUCUGAGGAAGAUGUUGCCAAGAUGAUUUCACUGGCGGAACAAAACAACCUGCGCAUUGAAGUCGUCCUGUACCCGCUGACGGAGCACCGCGGUACUGCGCCCACCUAUCACGGCCUGGAGACGCUGGUGAAGGCCACCCGAGGCUCCAUCUUCACCGUCAUGGAUGAAGGUGUGGGCAACGACUCCAAGUUAAAGAUGAUGGUAGCGCUGAUGGAUGCUCUUCUGGCCGCCGUGCAAAGCAGCGUGCCGCCCUCAUCCCCCGGGGGUCCUGUCCUGGUGCACAGCGCUGACUAUCCAGGCGGCAUCGCUUCCGUUUCGGCAGGCAACUUCGCCCUAGAUGACUCGCUGGGAUCUGACGCUCGCUUCUCAGUGUACUAUUAUGACCUGAACCACGUGGGCAACGCAAUCCAUCUGACUGCUCCGUCAGGCCAUAUGAUCGCUUCCGUCAAUGUGCAGGAGGAGGACGGCGAUGUGAAUAUGAUCUUCAUCAACUUAGGAAAAGCAGAGCGCGGUCAGUGGAAGUACAGCGUAGAGAACCGCGCUGACUCCCACCAGGGGCUGUACGUGCAGGUGACAGCUCGGCGCAACACCUCGACAGGCCUCGCAGUCCGUCUGUGGACCAGCUCAGGAACACGCUUCCUCAACUAUUCAGACCCUACCUCUGCCGCGGUGGUAUUCAUGGAGGUCCGAGCAGGCAUGGCGCCCAUCAUGGACGCCCGGGUGGUUGCCACACUCCAGAGGCUUGGCACUAAUGAGACAGGCAGCAACUAUGAACCAAUGUUCUUCAAUCUUUGGGACAACGGUGCGGGAGACCCAGACAUCACGCGCGGGGACGGAGUGUAUUCCCGCUACCUGCCUCGACUAGCGGGACAUCCGGGUCGUUACUUGCUGAGUGCCACCGUGGACCACAACGAUGGCCGAGCGGUGGUGGCACAGGGACCUCCAUCCAGACCUCGAGUACCUCUCCCACCUCGCCACUUGCCUCUUUAUUUCCAUCAGCCGGACCUAGGCGCUUGGGGGGACCCAGGAACGUGCUGCGGCUCCUCGCUCUUCUACUUUCACUCCCGCACCGCACCACCCUUCCAGCGACAUCUAACUUUUGGUGUUCUGGAGGUGCUGUCCUCACCCAACCAGCGUGACCUGACUCCCCCCUCCCGCAUCCUCGACCUGCGGGUGGAGGUCAACGACACCGUGCACGAGAUAUUCCUCCGUUGGACGGCACCGGGAGACGACUGGGACGUGGGCAGCGCUCACCACUACCAGGCGGUGGUGGCGCCUCAGUGGGAAGAGGCGAGGGCCUUCCAGGGCGACACGCUGACGGGCCUGCCUCGCCCCCUCCGUGCUGGCACGCUUCACACCACCAACCUCCAUUUUAUAAGAUAUGAGGAGUUGUGGUACGUCAGCAUGCGGGCAGUGGACGCGGCCGGCAAUAAAGGUCCUCUAGGCAACAUCGCGGCGCUGUGGGUGCCCAGACCCCCGACCACCUACGAGAUCACCACCAGGACACACCCAUCUUUCACCACCCUUGGUAACUACGCUAUGCCAUCUGAGUUGGGAUCAGGUCGGCCGUUGGGCAUGACGGAACUGCGAGCUGAGGAUGUGGCUGUGAUCGUGGGCAGCCUCGGAGGUUUCUUGGUGGUGGCCGCAGCACUGGCCUCCUACUGCUACUGCCACACCCUCAGGAGACGUAAGCAACCGGGAAAGCAUGAAGAUGUGAAGACUGUGGUUCACGGUGGUAACGGCAGCGACGGCGGUGGCAGCGCAGAUGUCAGUCUGGCAAUCAAGACAGAGUCUGCGGUGAGUGAAGGAGCCCGCGGCAGCCACGAGUCUAUUCACAGUUCAACAAACGACAACACUUCAAGGAAACCUCUGGACGUGGUCUCUCACUCCUCGGCUCAGUCCUGGGGAACAGCCACCUUCCCAAGGGAGAACGGGGCUGACCUGACAGGAGAACCUUUGGCAACCUUCUCAAGUCUGGAUGGUCGUCCACCCUUCCCGGAUGUAACUGUGACCGACUACCAACAAGUCCCCGCUGGCGGCGGCCAGACUUCUUUGCACAUGUCCUACGUCCACGAGAAAGCCGCUGGCCAGUAUGAAGUGCCCAGCCUGGCCUACAGCAACUACAACCCGGGCUGGGAGGAGCCCCUCACCAGCCACCUUCUCUCGCAGGUGCACACUGCUGCUCCCACCCCAGCCCCUCAGCAGCCCCCGCUACCGCAGGCUGACCGCAAGCGCCGAAACGUGACGCAGGUGUAAUGCAGCUGCUUGCCUCUCACGCUCCCCCUGGCUGGUGGGCAACACAAUGGUACUGUGCCGCCAGCCCCGUGAUGCAUACCAGCUGUGUUUCUAUGUGAAGUAUUAUGUUGCAGCCCUGGAGAGUAACACUCACAGACAAGUGUCAAUUCUCAGGCCGGUGCUGGUGGGAAUACACACAUCAUAAUUACACAUCUUUAAAAUAAAA